CCUGUGUCCCCGCAGCUGGCCGACAGCGAGUUCUCCCCCGUCUUCCGCCUCCUGACCAUCUUCGCCUACGGCACCUACGCGGACUACCUGGCUGAAGCGGCAAACCUCCCUCCCUUGACAGAGGCUCAGAAGAACAAGCUGAGGCACCUGUCAGUCGUCACUCUGGCUGCCAAGAUCAAGUGCAUCCCCUAUUCAGUGCUGCUGGAGCAGUUGCAGCUGAAGAAUGUCCGGCAACUGGAGGACCUCGUGAUUGAGGCUGUGUAUGCAGAUGUCCUGCGAGGGAGCUUGGAUCAGCGGAACCAGCGCCUGGAGGUGGAUUACAGCAUUGGGAGGGACAUCCGGAGGGAGGAGCUAAGCACCAUCACCCGCACGUUGCAGGAGUGGUGCCAGGGCUGCGAGGUUGUCUUGUCGGGCAUUGAAGAACAGGUUAGCCGAGCCAACCAACAUAAAGAGCAACAGCUGGCACUUAAGCAGCAGAUAGAGAGCGAGGUGGCAAACCUGAAGAAGACCAUUAAAGUGACAACAGCAGCCGCCGCAGCAGCCACAUCCCAAGACCCUGAACAGCACCUAACAGAGCUCAGGGAGCCGGCCCCUGGCACCAACCAGCGCCAGGCGAGCAAGAAAACUUCCAAAGCCAAAGGGCUCCGGGGCAGCGCGAAGAUUUGGUCUAAAUCAAACUAGUUGGAUCUCCCUUCACAACUGGGAGGGUGAGAGGAAGAGAUUUGGGGGAUGGAGGGGUAGCGAGGGUCCCAAGUGUGAUGCUUCUGAGCUCUUCUGAGAUCCAUCUUGCCAGCUAAUUCUCCUGCAUGUUUGUUCUCUUUCCUAUCUUCUUUACCAACUUUCCAGGCAGUGCCUCCCUCCUCUUCAUCAUAGCAUUUCACACUCUAAGCUUCCAGUUAUAUGCGUUGCUGUUUCCCUUACCCCUCAAGCCCCCAUCGCCACGGCCGUGUGUUUCUCUCUUUCUCUCUCCCUGUCUUUUGACAGGUCAAUUUAAAGAGCCAUAAAACUAUGUCGGUCACCUUUGCACCCACAGGGCGUCACAGCACAGAAGCUUGGAAAGAUUGCACUGGUGCUCAGCAAUCAUUUUGGCUCUAUGAGACCCCUGGGAUACUUUGCUCCAGGAUGCAGCUGCCAUCUUUGAUUGUUUAAUCUUUGUUUUGCUAGGUGGGAGGGUAGUUUUUGAAGGGAUUCUUUUAAAAAUAUAUAAAUAUAUUAUAAAUAUAUAUAAAACAAUAAAAAUAUAGAUCUAUGGACAUAUC